AUGCCACAGAUGUCAGGCAAUCUUCCAUCAAUUCAGUCCUUCGAUAGGAACAUACACAGAUUAGGAGGAUCGACUAGCGCCCUUGAAGUCAGGAAGGAAACCCUUCAUUCAACCAAGCGGUAUCGACUCUGGUCACAAGAGCAAAGAGAAAUUGACCUUAUCAAACAGCUCUCUGCGUUGAAACGAGAGUUGAAUUUCUUUCGACCCUGCUAUGAGGCUGCACUAGCCUUGAUAUCUAACAUAUAUACGGUCUCGCAAGAGAUGUAUCUCAAUUACUAUCUGCGGCCCACAACUAUGAUUGACAACACGGGAAACGGAAUCUCUGAUACCGACUGGUCUCAUCUGGCUGAUACAGAGUGGCUAAAGCGAGCGGAUGAGCUUGUAGAGCACUUAAAGCACUACGAACGUUCGGUCAAGCAAGCCGAGGCGGAAUGGAUAGAGCUUGCCCAGUAUCAAUGUGAACGCGACCGCUCGCGGUGGAUUUAG